AUGUCAGUCGAAGCAGUGAUGUUGUGUCUGGACACCUCCGAGUGGUGUCGCAAUGCUGAUUACGUGCCCGACCGUAUUCAGGCCGAGACCGAGGCUGCCAAUUUGAUAUGCGGUGCGAAGUCCCAGCAGCAUCCAGAGACCGCAGUGGGAGUGCUUACAAUGAACGGCAGUAGUGAUGGCUCCAGUGUAAACGUUCGUGGGAUACAGAUCGCCCAGUUGGUGCUGAAGCAUAGACAGAAUAAGAACCAGAAGCAACGCAUCGUAUGCUUCGUCGGAAGUCCAGUGAGUGCCACUAAGAAGCAAAUGGAGACGCUUGGGAAGAAUCUCAAGAAAAAUAAUGUGGCUAUUGAUAUCAUCAGUUUUGGUGAAGUCGAUGCUAACAAGCCCAUGCUCCAGGACUUGCUCGAACACGCCCAGUCCAGCGGCAACAGCUGCAUGGUGGAGAUUCCUCCCCACACCGACCAGAUCAUGUCGGAUGUCCUCAUGGGCACACCCAUUGUAACGCCCGAGGGGGCAGCCCCUCCAGCUGCUGCUGGAGACGGGGGCUUCGAGUUCGGAGUGGACCCCAGCCAGGACCCCGAGCUGGCGAUGGCCCUCCGUAUGUCUAUGGAGGAAGAAAGGGCUCGACAGGGGCAGAGUACGGCGGCAGAUGCCUCCGCUCAGCAAGGAGGUAGUAGGCGGAGCGUAGCACGCCCUGCGGGGACGGGUGUGGAGAGCUCCGUUGCUACGCCCCAGAUGGAUCCAAGGCUUCAGGCUGCUCUGGCUGAUGCUGCUGCGGCUGGGGAAGAGGUUGAUGAUGAGCUACGUCAAGCCUUGCUAUUGUCGCUGCAAGAGUCGGAUACCCAACAGAACAGCCAACAGAAAACGGAGGAAGAAGGGAAAGAUAAAGAAAAGACGCCCGCUGCUGAAGAGAGCACGACUGCUAAGCCGUCAGCGCCAUCGGCUCCUGCGCCGGCUGGUGACGAUAUGGACGAGGAGUUGAGGAAGGCGCUGAUGGAAAGCCUCGAGGAUUGGGACGGCGGGGAGAAAGCUGGUGGUGACGGAGAGGCUCCAGCUGAGAAGAAGCAGAAACAGGAGCAACCUUCUUCUUCAUCAUCAUCCUCCUCAGCGGCUCAGGGACCUUCCGAUGAUGCUGCCAUCUUCCAGGUGGGAUUUGAGAUACCCUCAUUUCUGAUAGGGGCAUUUCCUCAGGACCCCUCCAUGGUCGCUGAGCUCCUCAGUGGUCUGCCAGGAGUGGAUCUAAACGAUCCGAGGAUACAGGAAGCGUUGAAGGAUCUGCAAGAGGAUAAGAAGGAACCUUCUGAUAAAGAUGAUGAUGAGAAGAAAAAGUAA